AUGACAGUCACGCAAGUUUCCAAAUCGAGCGUUAAGCGAGUGUAUCUACGCGGUGCAAGCGGAAACCACGCGAGCACAAUUGAGAAAUGGGAAACAGAAAAGGAGAAUGGGAGAAUGAGGGAAAUGGGAGAACAGGGAAAAUGGGGAAAUUUGGAGAAUAAGAGAACAGAGAACAGGAAAACAGGAGAAAGGGACAAUAGAAGAAUGGGAAAAACAGGAGAACAGGAGAAUGGGGAAAUGGGAGAAGGGGAAAGGGGACAAGAGGACGGGAGGACAACAGGGAGAGAACAGGAUGAAGCCAAAGGCCAGGAAGCCAACAAAGAGCGCGAAGCGCUCUUUUUGCUUCCUGUGCCGAAGGCACAAUGA